GAGGGCGCCGCGAGGUUGGCGCGGCCAUCGGUGCCAUCGCUGCGAGCACACGGGGCUCGGUGCCGGGGGAAUGGGGUGGCGGCUUUACCCCCGCUGAGGUAACGCUGAUCGUAGAAUCAUAGACUAGUCAGGGUUGGAAGAUUCCUUCAUAUGCUGAGGGCUCCAGAACUGGACACAAUCCUCCAGAUGAGGUCUCCCAAGAGAGGAACAGAGGGGCAGAAUCCCCUCCCUCGCCCUGCUGUAACCCUGAAGAAGCGACUUUUGAGGACCAAGGCCCUGUGACGUCACGAGUGUUUUGAAACCCCGUUUGGCUGUGAUUUCGGAGUGAAUCCUUCCAAGUGCUCUUUUUCCCCUGCAGUAACUCUCGCAGCGGCCGUCUGCCCGUGGAGGUUUGGAACGCAGAGACAGAGAGACCUGCUGUGGCCGCAGAUCACAAUGUUCCUGGUUGGACUCUCGGGUGGAAUCGCGUCGGGGAAGAGCACGGUGGUGGCUGUUCUCCAGGAGGUGGGCUGUGCUGUGAUUGAUGCUGAUGUUAUUGCCAGAGAGGUGGUGCAGCCCCACUCCAAGGCCCAUCGGCACAUAGUGCGUUGCUUUGGCACCGAGAUCCUCUUGGAGAACGGAGAGAUAAAUCGUGAGGCUCUAGGAAACAUUAUCUUCUCCCAGCCGGAGAAACGGCAGCUGCUGAACCACAUCACGCACCCGGAGAUCCAAAAGGAGAUGCUGAAGCAGAUCCUCAAGUACUUUUUGCUCGGGUACCGCUACGUGAUCCUUGACAUCCCUCUGCUCUUCGAGACCAACAGAUUGACCAAGUUUAUGAAAUACACCAUCCUGGUUUAUUGCGACCCUCCGACACAGCUUUCCCGGCUGAUGAAGAGGAACGGGCUGUCCCAGGCGCAGGCAGAAGCUCGCAUCGCCUCUCAGCUACCGCUGGACGAGAAGCGCAAAUUAGCGACUCACGUCAUUGACAACUCUGGGGACCGGGAGAGCACACGCCAGCAGGUCCUGAGGCUGCACGCACGCCUGGAGGAUUCCCUGGAUUUCCUCUGGGCACGGCUGGUGCUGGGCACGGCUGUUGUGGGGUUUGGAGGGCUGGUUUACCUCCUCCUCCGGCAUUUCAGCUCUUAAUCCACCUUCUCUUUCUGGCGUGGAAGAGGCCUGAAAUUCCACGUUUGAAAAGGGCAGUGAAAGGCCACCUCUUUUAAUGAGCUUUGCCUGCUGAAUGCAGACAGUGGGAUGAGGCGUCUCCUUGCAGGCUUCCCAAGGUGAACGUAGGGGUUUUUUUUCCAACACCUUCUCCCAUCUCCUUUCUUCCUGCUCAGGUUUCUCCCCACCAGCCGUGCCCAUGGGAUGGGGCUGUUCCCCAUGCGUGGCUGCAGCCCGCAGAGGGGAUGAGGCCUUGUUACCCCUGUGGGUCUGUAUGGUGGGACUUCACUGGAUUUGGGCACUUUAGCAUCUUCCAGGACAAUCUCUUUACUGAGGUGGCCUCUCAAGUCCUGUUUCUGCUACCAGGUUGGUCCCCUUCUAGCUCACAGCCCCAGUUAAUCCGAAUUUAGCCAUGACAUAUCAUGUUGAUUGAAUGGAAGCAAAUUAAAUCUUCCUGGGAGGACAGCACCUCAUUUCACAUGGGCUGAGUGUCCACUUCACUUCUCCCCUCAUUCCUGCCCUCUCUUUCUGCCACCAUCACUUGUGGGUCACCCUUGUCUUUGGAUCUGUGGGUCCGAUAUGUCCCUGGAGCAGGCUGAGACCCCAGACCUGCCUCGCUGAAGCUCAUUUACUGCUGUUUGAGCUUUCCUUCCUGGCAUUUUCCCCGCGGGAGAGCACGGGUCGGGGCGAAGCGGGUGCUGGCUCUUCACAUUUGGUUUAAUAAAGCGCUAACCAGC